CUGUCACGGUAGAAAGCAUCCUCGAUGUAAACCGAGCCAUCAAGACAAGCUCAAGGGACGUCCAGUGAACGAAUGGACAUCCACACCAAACCUGGGAUGCCGCUCUGUGUCAGUUCAGUCAGGAUCCUCUGAACUCCUGCAUUGUGGUGAUAUCAACGCUCUGAAAAUCCAGCAAUGUUGGCCCGGAAAGGCCUGGUGCCUGAAGGAUAUCUGUUGACACGCCUGGCUGAAGAUGCCACCCAGCCUAACCGCUUCCGUAGCAAAUCACAGCGAGCUCGCUUUAUCACCAAGAGCGGAUCAUGCAACGUUGCCCACAAGAACAUACGGGAACAGGGUCGGUUUCUGCAGGAUGUUUUUACCACCAUGGUGGACCUUAAAUGGCAGCACUCGCUCCUUAUCUUUACCUCAGCAUUCCUCUGCUCAUGGAUGCUCUUUGCCAUGAUGUGGUGGCUCCUGGCCUUCGCUCAUGGUGAUCUGGUGCCACGAGAUCCCAGUGAGCCUGGACCUGUUCCCUGUGUCACUGCCAUCCACUCCUUCACUUCAGCGUUCCUCUUCUCCAUCGAGGUGCAGGUGACCAUUGGUUUUGGUGGGAGGAUGGUCACAGAAGAGUGUCCACUAGCCAUUGUAGUUCUGAUCAUCCAGAACAUUUUGGGCCUCAUUAUCAACGCCGUCAUGCUGGGCUGCGUGUUCAUGAAAACGGCUCAGGCCAAUCGCCGAGCAGAGACGCUCAUCUUCUCCCGUAACGCUGUCAUCGCGCCACGCAACGGCAAGCCCACGUUCAUGUUUCGUGUUGGAGACCUGAGGAAGAGUAUGAUCAUAUCAGCUACCAUUCAGAUGCAGGUGAUCCGCAGGACGGUGACGGCAGAAGGGGAGGUGAUUCCAGUCUGCCAACUUGACAUCCAGGUGGAAAACCCACUCAGGAGCAAUGGCAUCUUCCUCGUCUCACCCCUCAUCAUCAGUCACACCAUUGAUAGAGCAAGCCCCCUGUAUGAGCUUUCAGCCCAGUCGCUGGCCACUGAGGAUCUGGAGAUUAUAAUCAUACUAGAAGGCGUUGUGGAGACCACCGGCAUCACCAUGCAGGCCCGCACAUCCUACACACCGGAGGAGAUUCUCUGGGGACGCCGCUUCGUCUCCAUCAUGACCGAAGAGGACGGCCGCUACUCUGUGGACUACUCCAAAUUCGGUAACACGGUGCCCGUACGGAUGCCCGCCCUCAGCGCCAAGGAGCUGGACCAGACGAGAGGGGUGCAGGACAACGGCCCUCACGAGGGUAAACCUCAGGGCUGGGGACUGGUGCGGGCAGGACGAGGCGGCUACAGGAGGAGCGCGGGCCGGGUCUGCGAGGAUAACCCGUCCCGGCCGUGGUACGCUCCAGCAGAGAAAGACGAGCAGGAGAAAAGUAAAGUGAAGAACGGGCAGAAGAAGACGGUGAAAUUAGAGGAAAUAGGGAGAGAGCUGGAGGAGACCAUGGAGGAUAUAAGUGAUUAAAUUUAUAAUAUACUCUAUAUGACAAUGGAUGUGCAGAUUAUAUACUGUGGUAUAGCUACUCUAUCAGAAAGCUUGUAAUGAAGUUAUUUUUUAUUGAUUUGGGAAGAAUGGACAGAAUAGGUGGUUGCUUUUUUUUUUAUGAACUGUAAUGUUCCUUUUCUGUUUACACCACUGGAUAUUCAUAUUUUAUACAAGCAGGUGCAAUUGGUGUGACUUUAAUUCCACUCACCCCCAUUUAUUUAUUUUUUUUUAAAAACUCCAUUGUCUUUGUGUUGUGGUCGUGUAGAUGUAUCUGCCAUCUGUGUUCCAUUGCUCCAGUUUUUAUGAAUCGAUAUUAUUAUAGCUGUUUUUGAUUAUCAGUUUAUUUUCAUGUAGUCUGUAUGUUUUGGCAGUGUUAUUGUUGUGAAUAUGUGCAGUUACCUAAGCCAGUCCCUCAACAUUCAAGUUUGUGCACACUUGUUUUUUUGUAUUACUACUGAGUACUGUUUGGAUAUCUAUCCAAUCUUUAUUUAUGUCUUUAUGGUACAAAUAAAAAUUUAUUUUAUGUUAUUUUUUGUGUUAUCUAUCUGUGGAUCUAACUGAAUUUUUCAUGUUUUUUUUUUUGCACAUUUAUUCCAGUCACAAAAUGCUAAAUGAUGCUUUAGGGAUGUGCCCUUUUAUUUAUUUAUUUUUAAUUCACUAAGUUUACUUUUUUAAGGUUAAUUCAUUACAGUUUCUUUUCUGAUCUAUUCUGAGGGGUCGAUCACAAUAAAAGUCUACAGCGAAGAACCUAACAUUUCUGAGUUCACUUUUAAUCCGAACAUAAACUCUGUUUGGAACGGUUUGGAUGGCUUAUACAAGCAAUCAGCUUACAUCAGCUUACAGUGCAACAGCUGUGCAGAGUAAAUUUUAAAAGAUUACUGGGAUUUCACAGCCUUGUUUUCUACAUAUUUCUUUCUGAAAUGAGCUCACGCAUAGUGUUAAUGGUGCGCCUUAAAGCCUUUUAAAAAAAGCCUUGUGAGAGCUAAAGCCUCGUAAAGGCCAGAUAAGUACACCUCAUUUUGUGUUUAAUAUCUGAUCUCUAUUACAUUCCUGUAAUUUAAUGGGUGCACAUUAUUUAUUAGAUUAAAUGACUUUAAUGAAUGCAAGAUUAAAUAAGAGUCAGAUACCACAUGCUUCCACGUAUUUGGCGCAAACCUUUUCAAAUAGAAAUGAUGAAAUAAGCAUUGUGGAGCAGCCAGUAUGGAAGGAAGACCUCAUUUAACUUCAGCUGUAGAUGAAUUCAGAGAGGCUAGAAUUAUUAUUCAGACCGAGUAAGAAUAAAUUGGAACUAUUUACACUACAUAUGUA